AUGGCUACUAAAAAACCAAAAAAAGACGCACGAAGUGGAAGAAAGAUCGGUAAAGUGAAGCUGAAGACACUUGCAAAUUUGCAACAUGCUGCACCUACUUACGCCGAUCACACUGGCUCAAAUUCAAGCUUUUUUACUCCCAACAGCACCUACCAAGCCAACCUCAACCUCCUCCUCUCCGCUCUUUACUCUAACGCCACCCGCCCCAACGGCUUCUACACAACCAAGGCCGGCCAGGCCCCUCCCGACGUCGUCAUCGGCCGUUUGCUCUGCCGGGCUGAUCUAACCCCUGAUCUUUGUCAAAACUGCAUCUCUACUGCCAUGACGGAUAUAAGAAAUCGCUGCCCCCCCGACAAGGUGGGGCUAAUCUGGUACGACGAGUGCGCGUUACAGUACUCCAACGAGUCCUACCUGAACGACCAGGUGCCUUUCGAGAACUUGCCGACCAGUACCCAGAACGUCCUGGAGCUGGACCGCUUCAACGCAUUGUUGUCAACCACAAUGAAGUCGCUGGCGACUCGAUUCGCUAAUUCUCAAUCGGACAAGAAAUUUGGGUCGGCCGAAGUAAAAUUUACGGGCUCACAGACGCUAUACUGCAUGGUGCAGUGCUCGCCGGAGAUGAGCGCGGAUCUGUGUAUGCGUUGCUUGGAAAUCGCCGUAGGCUCUCUUCCUCAGUGCUGCUCGGGAAAACAAGGCGGAAAGGUUCUGCUUCCGAGUUCUAAUAUUAGAUACGAGUUGUAUCCAUUUUACAAUCUGACGGCAGUAUCUCCUUCUCUUCCUCCUGGUACGUUAUAA